ACCACUUCCCCACAAAUUCGAUUACUGUUACCCCACUAAACGGACAUGAGUUCCGUGAUUUCCGCCUACACCGUUCAUCCUGUGUUAUUCCUGUCUCUCCUGUCUCUGUGGCCGCCUUAGAUCAGCCUUGUCAUGGAGAACCUCCUGACCAUCCUCAACGCUACCUUUGCGCCGCGACGUCUGGUGAAAUAUGCCUUCGGAUAUCUUGCCUUCCCAGCGUCAUUUGCGCAAAGGGAAGCCACCAAGAAACUCAUUGUCGACACUGACUUAUUCUCUGAUGUCGACGACGCAGCAGCCCUCCUCCUAGCCUGCAUCCUCCCACAAGCCAACCUCCUCGCCGUAAACGUGAAUGUCAACUCCACGUACUCCGCGCUCGCCGCGUCCGCGAUCGUAAACCACUACGGGCAUCCCAGCGUACCCAUCGGCCUCCGGUCUCCGCACGUCAACUCGAGCUUCUUCGAUACAUGGGCGUACGAGCUAGGCGAAUACGCGUCGAAAGUCGCAUUCCACUGGUCUGGCGGCAGUGCGCCGUGGUUUCAAGCUGAGAAUACUUGGGGCCCGGUUGAGUUAUAUCGGAAAACGCUGGCGGAGGCAGAAAAUAGCAGUGUGACAAUUGCAUCCAUUGGAUUCUUCGAGAAUCUGUCUGCGCUGUUGAAUUCGACUACGGACGGGUACUCGGACCUAAACGGAUACCAGCUCGUUGAAGCAAAGGUCAAAGAGCUCGCCGUUAUGGGCGGCGGAUACCCAGCAGGCCACGAGUUCAACUUCUUCGGCGACGAUCCCUCACUCACCGCACAUGUAGUGAAUACGUGGCCACCAGCUGUACCCAUCACCUUCUUGGGUACCGAGAUCGGCGAGCAGGUUUCGACGGGCGCGCGUCUCACUGUGGAGGGCCCGGCGAAUGAUCCAGUCAAGGCUGCAUACGAGUGGUAUGUCGGGUAUAACACCACGAGGUUCUCUUGGGACCCGUUGACGGUCGCGUACGCAGUCCAGGGACUGGGGAGCUGGUUUGAGUAUGGAAAUACUGAUGGGUAUAACCAUGUGUUUCCCAACGGCUCCAAUGUCUGGGUUGAAGAUGCCGGGCGUACGAAUCAACACUAUUUGCGGUUGAAGACAGAUAAUGCGACUGUCGCUAAGGAGCUUGACGAGCUGCUCUUGGAGGGAGCGAGGGAGUGGGCUCAGUGAGAGUCUUGCAGUGCCCGCAUAUGCGCGCGGAUGCUGCAAAGUACGCUGCGAAUCUUAUGCGCUGCCCUCUAUAUUACAUUCUCUACCGUGGUAGCAGCAGCGACUGUUCCAACCCAAUGUGAACCAG